CCCUCGACUACUCAACCCCUUUAUCACAUCUCGAAAAAACCCAAGCCUUCAACGGUUCAACCACCGGACCGGCUUUUUUCUCCGUUUAUCUCCGACCGUCCGGCCGCUACAAUCUCCGAUGUGAGUUCAACUUUGUUGCUAUUAAGCCAAUGGAUCAAGAUGUUGACCGAGUCAAAGGAUCGUGGAGUCCCGAGGAGGACGAAUUGUUGCGGAAGCUGGUGCAUCGACACGGCGCUCGGAACUGGUCGUUGGUAUCGAGGUCGAUCCCCGGCCGGUCGGGGAAAUCGUGCCGGUUACGGUGGUGCAACCAGCUAUCGCCGGAAGUCGAGCACCGCGCUUUCACGUCGGAAGAAGACGGGGUCAUCGUGAAAGCCCACGCCAAGUACGGCAACAAGUGGGCUACCAUCGCUAGGCUCCUCAAUGGCCGUACGGACAACGCUGUCAAGAACCAUUGGAAUUCGACGUUGAAGAGGAAGCUCUCGGAGGCGGAAGACGGCGAUUCGGUUCAAGAAUCGGAGAAAAGAUCGGCGAAAUCCCCAAGAAGGGAGAGUCCUUCGGGUUCUGAAGUCAGCGAUUUGGGAUUGAGCGUCGCGAAGUCGAAUCGGCACUCCGCUGACGUCGUUUCGACUGAGCUUACUCUUGGACGUUCAUGGAACGAAUCGUUCGAGUUCAAUAACAUUAGCUCAUCGGAGAAGAAGAACGAACAACCAUUGGAGGAAAAGCAAGUGGCCGGGGCAAAUAUGACGACGGUGGCGCUUGCACAAGCCGCAACGGCGGCGAUUACGCCAGCGGCGAUGCAAGAGAUGAUCAGAAAAGAAGUGAGGGAUUACAUGGCAGAGUUUGAUUGUAAGAGUGAAAACGUGAGGGAUUUGUGGGGUAGAGAGGAUUGAAUGAAGGACUAAAUUGAAACAACUUAUUCACUAAAAA